AUGUUCGCAUCAGACGUCGUUGAGACCGGCAAAGGCGACUUGGACGUCAGCUUCAACUCCGCCGACGAUGCAUCCAACAACGACCAGAAGGACAUGUCCCGCCUGGGGAAACCUCAGCAGUUUAACAGAAAUUUCCGUUUCUUGUCUACUCUCGGUUUCACUUGUACGCUGAUGGCGACGUGGGAAUCGAUUUUGCUUACAUCUACUCUUGCUCUGGUAAAUGGAGGCAAGGCUGGCAUGGUGUACAUGUACAUUGCCACAUUUAUUGGUUUCUUCUGCUCUGUCGUCUCCAUGGCUGAGAUUGCUUCGAUUUCCCCAACGUCUGGAGGCCAGUAUCAUUGGGUCUCAGAGUUUGCUAGUCCCAAAUAUCAGAAAUUCCUGAGUUACAUCACUGGUUGGCUCUCUGUCUUGGGAUGGCAAGGUGGCUUUGCCAGUAUUUGUUUCCUCUGCGGUACUCUCAUCCAGGGCCUCCUCAAGCUGAACUACGGAGAUGACUAUUCCGCUGAGAGGUGGCAUGGAACCCUCCUCACUUUUGCCAUUGCGUUGAUUGCUACCUUUGUCAACACCUACGCCGCUGGCCACCUCCCCAGCUUGGAGGGAUUGAUUCUUAUCCUCCACAUCUUCGGAUUCUUCGCUACCAUGAUCACCCUCUGGGUCAUGGGUGAAAAGUCCCCGUCAAAGGAGGUCUUUACUGAGUUCUCCAACUUUGGUGGUUGGUCUACCGUAGGUCUUGCUGUCAUCGUCGGUCAGAUUACUCCCAUCUUCUCCUUCCUGGGGCCAGACGGGGCCACUCAUAUCGCGGAGGAAAUUAAGGAUGCCUCCAAAGUUGUUCCAUGGUGCAUGAUCUUCACGGCCAUCAUCAACGGCAGUCUUGGGUUCGUGAUGCUGAUCACCUUCCUCUUCACCAUGGGCCCUGUGGAUGACUCCAUCCUCGCGCCUCCAACCACCUUCUCCUUCCUCUCAGCCUACUACUAUGCGACAGGCUCCAAUAGCGCAACUACAGGCCUUGCAUGCAUCAUCCUCGUCCUCGAGGUGUGCAGUGCCAUCAGUAUUCUCGCCACCUGCUCUCGCCAGACCUUUGCCUUCGCUCGUGAUAAUGCCCUCCCCUUCUCCGGAUUCUUCGCCAACGUCAACCCAAUGUCCAAAAUUCCAGUCAAUGCUGUCCUGGUCACUACUUUUAUCACCAUUCUUCUCUCGCUCAUCAACAUUGGCUCCACAGCUGCCUUCAACGCUAUCGCCUCCAUCACCGUCGGAUCCCUCUACGCAUCCUACGUGCUGAGUAUCGCCUGCUUCAUCAACCGCAGAAGAAGUGCUGAGCCGUUGCCCGCACGACGAUUCUCCCUAGGCAAGUGGGGGAUGGGAAUCAACGUUUUCUCUGUAGCCUACCUCUCCUUUGGCUUUAUUUUCACCUUCUUCCCAGGCUCCAGCACUGUUACUCCCGAAACUAUGAACUGGUCUUGCCUCGUCUGGGGAGCCGUCAUUAUUUUCGCCAUUUUCCAGUACGCCAUCCACGGAAGAAAUGUAUACGAAGGCCCAGUCGCAUACAUCCGCAAGAUGCAGUAA